AUGGACGCAAGACGGAAUGUCACCAAACGAGGGUUUAUUAGGUACACAUUUCUUCUACUUCUGAUACUCGUGACCCUUUCUUUUAUCGCCAUCUUCAACCACACCCAAUUCCAAAACAUAUCUUCAUUCUUACGACCACUUUGGGACACACCGCCACCUCCAUUUCAGUACAUACCCCAUUACUACGCAGAAAACGCCUCCAUCAACAACCUCUGCAACCUCCAUGGAUGGACCUUAAGCUCUGAACCACGCAACGUCUUCGAUGCUAUCCUAUUCAGCAACGAACUCGACUUGCUUGAACUCAGAUGGCGUGAACUUUACCCUUAUGUCACCAAAUUCAUAAUCCUCGAAUCAAACAUGACCUUCACCGGAAUCCCCAAACCUCUCACCUUUGCUUUAAAUCGCCACCGUUUUGCUUUCGCUGAAGAAAAAAUAAUUUACGGUUUCCUCCCCGGAGACGUCCCACCUUCCGAUGUCCAUAUCGACCCCUUUUUGAUCGAGUCACAUCACCGGAGCAUCAUGAACGAGUUAAUCCGACGGUCUGGAAUCUCCGACGGCGAUCUUCUGAUUGUAUCAGACACCGACGAGAUUCCGAGUUCACACACUGUUAAUCUUCUCCGGUUGUGCGACGGGUUGCCGUCGGUGUUGCAUCUCGAAAUGAGAAAUUACCUUUACUCGUUUGAGUUUCCGGUUGAUUACAAUAGCUGGCGGGCCACCGCUCAUAUAUACAGCCGGUGGAGUCGUUACCGCCACUCCCGCCAGACGGAUCUGAUACUCUCCGACGCCGGAUGGCAUUGCAGCUUCUGUUUCCGGCACCUGAGUGAUUUCGUUACAAAGAUGACGGGGUAUAGUCACGCCGAUCGAGUGAAGAGAAAAGAGUAUUUGGAUUACUCGAGGAUUCAGCGUAAGAUUUGUGGUGGAGAUGAUUUGUAUGAUAUGUUGCCGGAGGAAUUUAGUUUUAAGAAGUUGAUCGGAAAAAUGGGGUCGGUGCCUCGUUCGUCGUCGGCGGUUCAUCUUCCGGGAUAUUUAAUAGAAAACGCCGAGAAGUUUAAGUUUCUUCUUCCAGGUGGUUGUCAGCGUUCACCGGAGUGA